AUGCAUGCACAGUAUUUGACUCGCAGUCUCUCGCAAAACACGGAAGGAAACAACAAAGCAUCGAACUAUGCAGUACCAUCUAUGAGCGUCUGGGGCUUUCCAAACUUUCCAUUGCGUAUUGCUUCGGUAAGAUCGUCGCCAAAAUCCAGAAAUUCGAAAAUUUCGGAAGGUGAUGUAGCUUUUGAGUCAACUCUUCGUUACUGA